UAGUCCAGCGUGUCUCUGGCUGCAAACUCCGCCAAACAAGCCUGCAUCCUCCUCCAGGGAAGGAUACCCAGAAGCGAUGAAAUUUCCAAUCGAGACUCCAAGAAAACAGGUGAACUGGGAUCCUCAAGUGGCUGUUCCCUCGCCAGUGUCAGCUUGUGAACCUGAGCCCAAAACCAACGGGCAUUAUCCAGCUCCACGACUCUCUAUUUCGUCCCGAGCAACUGUCGUCGCCACCAUGGAAACCCCUUCUCAGGGCCUGCAGACAGUCAUGAAAUGGAAAACAGUGGUGGCCAUUUUCGUUGUGGUUGUAGUUUACCUGGUGACUGGAGGACUUGUCUUCCGUGCCCUGGAACAGCCUUUUGAAAGCAGGCAGAAGAAUACAAUAGCAUUAGAGAAGGCUGACUUUCUUCGGGAACACGUUUGUGUAACCCAGCUAGAACUGGAGACACUGAUUCAGCAUGCUAUUGACGCUGAUAACGCUGGAGUCAGUCCCAUAGGAAAUUCCUCUAACAACAGCAGUCAUUGGGACCUUGGAAGUGCCUUUUUCUUUGCUGGAACAGUCAUCACAACAAUAGGAUAUGGCAACAUUGCCCCAAGCACUGUCGGAGGCAAAGUUUUCUGCAUCUUGUAUGCCAUCUUUGGGAUUCCACUAUUUGGCUUCUUGCUGGCUGGGAUUGGAGACCAACUUGGAACCAUCUUUGGGAAGGGUAUUGCAAGGGUGGAGAAAGUUUUCAGAAAAAAACAAGUGAGUCAAACAAAGAUCCGGGUGAUCUCUACCAUCCUCUUCAUCCUGGCAGGCUGCAUUGUCUUUGUGACCAUUCCUGCAGUUAUCUUCAAACACAUCGAGGGAUGGACAGCCUUGGAGUCCAUCUACUUUGUGGUUGUCACUCUGACUACCGUUGGCUUUGGUGAUUUUGUAGCAGGAGGAAAUGCUGACAUCCAUUAUCGGGAAUGGUAUAAACCCUUAGUGUGGUUCUGGAUCCUUGUUGGCCUUGCCUAUUUUGCUGCUGUCCUGAGUAUGAUUGGAGAUUGGUUAAGAGUCCUGUCUAAGAAGACAAAAGAAGAGGUUGGAGAAAUAAAAGCCCAUGCAGCUGAGUGGAAAGCAAAUGUGACAGCUGAGUUCAGAGAAACACGGAGGCGGCUCAGCGUGGAGAUCCACGACAAACUUCAGAGGGCAGCUACCAUCCGCAGCAUGGAGCGUAGGCGCCUGGGCCUGGACCAGAGGGCCCACUCCUUGGACAUGCUCUCUCCAGAGAAGCGCUCUGUCUUUACUGCCUUGGAAACAGGACGCUUCAAGGCCUCAUCUCAGGAAAGCAUCAACAACAGGCCUAACAACCUGCGCCUUAAAGGGUCAGAUCAACUCAACAAGCACGGGCAGGGGGCAUCUGAGGAUAACAUCAUUAACAAAUUUGGAUCAUCUGCCAAGAUGACCAAAAGGAAAAACAAAGACCUCAAAAAGACCAUCCCCGAGGACGUGCGUAAAAUUUAUGAGACCUUCCGAAACUACUCCUUGGAUGAAGAAAAAAAAGAAGAAGAGACAGAGAAGAUGUGUAAUUCUGAGAACUCUUCCAGCACUGCAGUCCUAACCAACUGCAUCCAGCAGCACUCAGACCUGGAGAAUGGAAUGAUCCCCACAGAAACCAAAGAAAGGGAACAUGAAAACAAAGCAUUACUUGAAGACAGAAGUUAAAUGUAAAAAAUGCCUGACUUGAAUAAACAAUGCUAGUGUUUUUAUAUACAUAUAUAUAUAUUGAGACACGUGCCUUAUACAGACUCCUUAUUCAGUCUGAAUUAUAUAGCAUCGAAGAAUAUUUCACUGUGCCAUAAAGACUCAAGCUUGCUCUGCCAAAACAAAUCAGGAACUAGCACUGCAGAAUGGCAACAGAAAGCUACGCACAUGGAAAUUUCAGCCUGUAUAAGACUACCAGGGUAAAACACAAAGGAAGCAACUGAACUAUGGCAAUACCACCAGAGUGCUGCUACCAUCGCAUACUAUUAGACAAAAGGCAGCUAUGCAAGAAGAACCUUUCAAAGGAAUGAAAAAGAUUGUAUCUUUUUAAUGGAAUAUACACAUUAAGCCUUCCCCUGGUGAUUAAAAAGAGGAGAAAUGAUUGGAACUAACUAUAAGCUUUCAGUAAGGCUUAGUUUAAGUUUUGGCACGUGAUCCAAGCUCGAUUUUUUCUUUUCAUUUUUGAAUCAGAUGCAUUAUCUUUCUAAACUCCAAAAAAAUAUCCAUGAACACAGUUGCCAGCUAGACGCUGGUUUGAAAAAUCAGCACAGACAUAUUUAAGGGUCUGAUUGCUCUUUUCAUUAAAAAAUAAAGCAACUCUGUGGGUAUUUAUCAUAACCAGUUAAAAAAUUUAAAAAAAAGAAACAAAUGGAUUUUUUUUCUCUUGUAGGAAAUAAUCAGUGUAAACUCACUGCAAGAAAGUGCAUAUGAAGAAAAUGCAACAUUUCGUGCUGUGUUGUUUAAAAGAAGAGAAACGUUAAUUUAAUGAUAUUUGGCUAGGUGUAUAAAACAGUUGGCCAACUGUUUUUUAAAAGAAUUUCUGAUUCAUACUUUCUACCACUGAAAGAACUUCAAUUUUAAUGCCGUAAAUCUAUGAAGACAGAAGAAAAGCUAUAGCUUUUGCAUGUCAGCAAACUGCUGUUCUCUGUAGCUGAAUCUAAAUUUUUAAAAAUAGACAUAAGAACAUAUGGACUGUUCAAAUGAGGGCCAGGGCAACCAUAGAAUCUCAGGGCUCUAUGCCCCUUUUGCUGGGUUUGGGUUUAAACAUGAGCUGCAGUCAUUGUCUCAAAAACAAAAAAAGAAAUUUAGGAGAAGAAGUUGAGAAAAAUAUGGUGG